AUGGAGCAGAGCUUCGAUCCGGCGGCCAGCGAGGAGGCGCUGUACCAGUGGUGGGAGAGCAGCGGCUACUUCAAGCCCGACGAGUCGGCAGCGGGGGAGCCUUACGUCAUCUCCAUGCCGCCCCCCAACGUCACCGGCAAGCUGCACAUGGGACACGCCAUGUUUGUCACGCUGCAGGCAAGCGACAUCAUGACGCGGUACCAGCGCAUGCGCGGCAGGCCCACCCUCUGGCUGCCCGGCACAGACCACGCCGGCAUUGCCACCCAGAUGGUUGUGGAGAAACAGCUUGCGGCCGAGGGGCGGGACCGGCGCAGCCUGGGGCGGGAGGCCUUUGAGGCGGAGGUGUGGGCCUGGAAGGCGCAGUACGGCGGCUUCAUCACGCAGCAGCUGCGCCGCCUGGGGGCCUCCUGCGACUGGAGCCGCGAGCGGUUCACGCUGGAUGAGGGGCUCAGCGAGGCCGUGCUGGAGGCGUUUGUGCGGCUGCAUGACAAGGGGCUGGUCUACCGCGGCUCAUACAUGGUCAACUGGUCGCCGGGGCUGCAGACGGCCGUGAGCGACCUGGAGGUGGAGUACAGCGAGGAGGCGGGCACGCUGUACUACUUCAAGUAUCCGGUGGCGGACAGCGAGGAGUUCCUGCCUGUGGCCACCACCCGCCCCGAGACGAUCCUGGGGGACACGGCCGUGGCGGUACACCCAGAGGACGAGCGGUACAAGCACCUGGUGGGGCGGGAGGCGGUGGUGCCGCAGAGCGGGCGCCGCAUCGCCAUCAUCGCCGACGAGUACGUCGACCGAGAGUUUGGCACGGGGGCGCUGAAGAUCACGCCCGGCCACGACGUCAACGACUACGAGAUCGGGAAGCGGUUUGGGCUGGAGAUAAUCAACAUCAUGAACGACGACGGCACCCUCAACGCCGCUGCGGGGCCGUAUGCCGGCAUGGAGCGCUUUGCAGCCCGCAAGCAGCUGUGGGCGGACAUGGAGCAGCAGGGGCUGAUGCGCGUGCCUCGGUCGCAGCGGGGUGGCGAGAUUGUGGAGCCGCUGGUGCGGGAGCAGUGGUUUGUGCGCAUGGAGCCGCUGGCCAAGCCCGCACUGGAGGCUGUGGCCAGCGGUGCCAUCCGCAUCCUGCCCGACCGCUUUGAGAAGGUGUACAACUUCUGGCUGGACAACAUCAAGGAUUGGUGCAUCUCCCGCCAGCUGUGGUGGGGCCACCGCAUACCCGUGUGGUAUGUGUUUGAUGACGAGGCGGCGGCGGCGGCGGCGGCCAGCAGCGAGCGGUACGUUGUGGCCAAGAGCGAGGGGGAGGCGCGGGACAGGGCGGUACAGCAGUACGGUCCGGACGUGGUGCUGAAGCAGGAGAGCGAUGUGCUGGAUACUUGGUUCAGCUCGGGACUGUGGCCCUUCUCCACCCUGGGCUGGCCCAAUGCCACGCCCGACCUGGAGCGCUACUACCCCACCGCUGUGAUGGAGACGGGCCACGACAUCCUCUUCUUCUGGGUGGCACGCAUGAUCAUGAUGGGGCUGGAGUGCACCGGCAGGCCGCCCUUCCACACAGUCUACCUGCACGGACUGGUGCGCGACGAGAAGGGCCGCAAGAUGAGCAAGUCGCUGGGCAAUGUGGUGGACCCUGUGGAGACGAUACAGCAGUACGGCGCGGACGCGCUGCGUUUCACCCUCGCCACGGGCACCUCGCCUGGCCAGGACCUAAACCUCAGCCUGGACCGCGUCAACGCCUCCCGCAACUUCACCAACAAGCUCUGGAACGCCGGCAAGUUUGUGCUGUUCAACCUGGGGGAGGCGGACGACGCCGAGUGGCAGCGCCUGGCCACCGCCGACCUGAGCAGCUCCGCCGCCACGGCCGGCCUGGCGCUGCCCGAGCGCUGGGUGGUGUCGGCGCUGCACCGCGCCGUGCGUGACAUCACCGCAGCGCACGAGCGGUUUGACUUUGGCGAGGCGGGACGCCUGCUGUACGACUUUGUGUGGAGCGACUUUGCCGACUGGUACAUCGAGGCGGCCAAGGCGCGGCUGUACGGGGAGGACGCGGCGGCGGCGGCGCAGACCCGUGCGGUGCUGGUGUAUGUGUACGAUAAGGUGCUGAAGCUGGCGCACCCAUUCAUGCCCUUCAUCACAGAGGAGAUGUGGCAGGCCACGCCGCACCAGGGCGCUGCGCUGAUCGCGGCGCCCUGGCCCUCGGCCGACGCGGCGGUGGACGAGGCGGCGGCGGCGCAGUUUGAGGCGCUGCAGGCGGCGGUACGGGCGGUACGCAACGCGCGGGCCGAGUACGGCGUGGAGCCUGGGCGCAGGGUGGGGGCCACCUUCCGCGUGGCCUCCCCCGACCUGCGCGCCGCCCUGGCCGCCGAGGCGCCGGUGCUGGCGCUGCUGGCGCGGCUGGACCCCGCCCAGCUGGCGUUUGUGGGGGAGGAGGAGGGCGCGGCGCUAACGGGGCAGAAGGGGCAGAUCGAGCUGGUGGUGCGAGAGGGAGUGGAGGCCUUCCUGCCCAUGGCGGGCCUCUUCGAUGCAGCCAAGGAGAUUGAGCGGCUGCAGAAGCAGCAGGGAAAGCUGGAGAAGGAGCUGGCGGCGCUGCAGGGGCGGCUGGGCAACCGCGCGUUUGUGGACAAGGCUCCGGAGCAGGUGGUGGCGGAGGUGCGGGCCGCAGCGGCGGAGGCGGCGGAGCAGCUGGCGAUGAUCCAGGACAAGGUGGCCAAGUUCAAGGAGCUGGCGUGAAGGCACGCCCGGCAGGAAGCGGCUGGGGAGCGCAGCGGCCAGCGGCGGCGUGCAGAGAGCAGGCGGCGAUACUGGGCGCCCGCAUGGCGGCGCUUGACUGGUUGCACCUUGUCGAGGAUACUGAGCGGGGCACCCAAACGGUUAUUCUUUGGGAUCUAACACUAUCCUCUGCUUC